AUGCCAUCAAAUAUAGAAUUCCAAAAAUGGGGUAAAGAAUUGUGGGAAUUGCUAGGUAGGGAUAAGCAAGCUGUAGCCAAUCAUAUCCAAAAUCUGUCAAACGGGAAUUCUUUGGCGCCCAAUUUUGGUCAAAACAUUCAUUUAAUCGGAAAUUUUACUGGGAACUCUUUAAACAAUGGACAAGAAAAUCUACCAAAUGAAAGUCAAGUUGAAAACUCUUCAAACAACGAGCAGGAAAUUACAUCAGGCAGAAGCUUGGCAAAUGGUGAUUUAGAUGGAAGCCAUAGGGAACUAACGCUACCCACUCAAGAAACUUCAAGCGUAAAUUUUAAUGAUAAUACUUUAGUAAUAUGGGACGAAUCAAUGUUAUCAAUGGUAAAUGGGGAUUUUGCAGAAGAUUUUCUAAUAAGCUGCGAACAAACAUCUCCUGAAGUUCGAUCAUCUAGGACCAUCAAUAGACAACAAUAUCGAUUAUCUCGUUCACCAAGUCGUGAAAAUCGCCAAACAAGACAAGAAGCUCGAAACCGUGAACCCCUUUCACGAUCUCCAACUUCAGAUGGUGAUCGGAUGCUACAACUCCCGAAUGAUCGUUUACAAAUCCCGAUUGAUCGAGUGUAUUAUUCUCCGAAUCAUACAGAAUAUCAGUUUUCAUUUAAUCACAGCAUAUCAAAUAAUUCAUCGUCGGCACAUAUAACAUCUCCUAAUAAUACAUUCGAAAAUUUAUCAAAUCAAUCAACACCACUGUUAGAUUUUGAAAUAUCAUCUUUUAUCAACUCUACCACAAAUCUCCAAACAACACCAUUGUUUAAUUUGGAGGAGAUAAGUCAAUACUCGAUCGAUCCCCAAACAUCUGAUUUUGGAGGAACUGACUGGCAACCUUUUUUUUUUGAAUAG